AUGUGGAACCAGACCAUUGACAAGUUUAUGCUGGACUUGGAUUUUAAGAAGUGCAAGACCGACCAUUGCAUUUAUUUCAAGCGAGAUCAAGAAGACUUGAUUUUUGUAGCGCUGUACGUUGACGAUUUGGUCCUCGUAAGCAACAACGCCGAACUGAUUAGAGCUACAAAGGAUGCGCUAAGUGAGCGGUUUGACAUGACGGAUCUUGAUGACCUCAAGUACUUCCUAGGAGUGGAAGUUAACCAAGAUCGUUCAGCUGGUACGAUUUCGAUUUGUCAGUCCAAAUUUGCAAAGGACAUCCUUGAGAAAUUUGGCAUGGAUAACAGCAAUCCUGUCAGAACUCCACAAGAACCAGGACUCAAGCUGACAAAGUCAAUGUGCGUGGAUGGGUGCAAGCAUGACGAAACGAUGGCAAAUGUGCCAUUUCGCAACGCAGUCGGCUGCUUGAUGUACCUUAUGGUGGGUACACGCCCAGACCUUGCUGCUGCAGUGGGAAUGCUUAGUCAGUUCUCGGCAGACCCUUGUCCGAUCCCAUUGGCAAGCUCUUAA